GCCUGCCUGGGGCCGGGGCAGAGGAGGGCACUUGGAAAGCCACGGGCCAAGAACACGAGGGCUUGGUGUCUCGGAGCCUAGGCCCUCCCGCUCCUCUCUUCCUGCCUCCCCCCCCAGCCCGGCCCUGCUUCUGCCUCUUAUGCACUCCCCAGCCCCCCGCCUCCCACACACACACAGUGCUCGCACUCUCGUGCACGUGGAGGCAGCAAUGGCCUUGUCGUCGUCUGGCCCUUCGAUGUGUAUGCUGAGCCGACACCUGCCCUGGAGACGGCAGUGAGCCGAGUCCCGUCCCUGUCCUGGCGGUAGUGGGAUGAUGAGGGGUGCCUGGGAGCCCAGAGGCACCAGCCCAGGCCCAGGGGGAGGCUUCCCAGAGCUUGGGCUACAGCGGCCGAGGCUUCGGUGCGUGUGCGGGUCUGAAAGGGAACUGAAAGCGUCUCUGGACGCCGAGACUCAACGCCGGUGAGGGGAAGUGGGAGAAAUGAGGGGGUGGCAGGGACAGACCCUGGAGGACCCAGGCCUCCAGGACGAGUGUGCCUCUAUCCUGAGGGAGGGGACAUUCACACAUUCGCCGUGUUUAGCCACUGGGAACUCCCCAGUCCUAAUGCUGGAGCGGAGCCCCCUGCGUUUUGUGGCCAGGAGUUGACCCUUCAGCUGCUGUGAAAGGAAGGCCCGAGGGCCCCAGAGAAAGCCGGGGUGUUCGGGGCAAAGCAGGGAGCGCUCGGGGGCCUCUCGGAGGUGUCUGAACAGCCGGCGCUCGCAUCCCGGUCUGCCCUGGCUGCAUGUCCGGGGGCGCCCCUGUCUCCACAGCACUGGCAACAGCGCUUGACGUGGGCUUGUCCAACUGGAGCUUCCUCUACAUCACCGUCUCGCUGUGAGUACCGGCCACACCCCGCCGCCUCCGUCCAGCCUUUCGCGCGCACCCUGCCGGCGGGCCAGCGCCGUACCCCUCUCUGGGACCGGCCCUUGAUCGCCGCUCCUUCCUGACACCCAGCGGCUCUCUGGGAAGCUGCCAGCCUCUGCGGUACACGAUGACCAAGUCCUCCGCUGUCCUCUUCAUCCUGAUUUUCUCGUUGAUCUUCAAGCUGGAGGAGCUGCGCGCAGCGCUGGUCCUGGUGGUCCUCCUCAUCGCCGGGGGCCUCUUCAUGUUCACCUACAAGUCCACACAGUUCAACGUGGAGGGCUUUGCCUUGGUGCUGGGGGCCUCGUUCAUCGGCGGCAUCCGCUGGACCCUAACCCAGAUGCUCCUGCAGAAGGCCGAACUUGGGCUCCAGAACCCCAUUGACACCAUGUUCCACCUGCAGCCACUCAUGUUUCUGGGGCUCUUCCCUCUCUUUGCCAUAUUUGAAGGUCUCCAUUUGUCCACGUCUGAGAAAAUCUUCCGUUUCCAGGACACAGGGCUGCUCCUGCGGGUACUAGGGAGCCUCUUCCUUGGCGGGAUUCUCGCCUUCGGUUUGGGCUUCUCCGAGUUCCUCCUGGUCUCCAGAACCUCCAGCCUCACUCUCUCCAUUGCUGGCAUUUUUAAGGAGGUCUGCACUCUGCUGCUGGCAGCUCACCUGCUGGGGGACCAGAUCAGCCUCCUGAACUGGCUGGGCUUCGCCCUCUGCCUCUCCGGCAUAUCCCUGCACGUUGCUCUCAAAGCCCUGCACUCCAGAGGUGAUGGGGGCCCUAAGCCCUCGAAGGGGCUGGGCUCCCACCCCGACCUGGAGCUGCUGCUCCGGAGCGGGCAGCCAGAGGAGGACGACAAUGAGGAGGAAGAGGCGUACUUCGUGGCCCAGGGGCAGCAGUGACCAGCCGGGAGACCAGCUUGGAGGCAGGCCUCUCCCCGCCCUCACACCUCACAGCAGCUCGGGGACCCAGGGGGCCCUUCGCGGCAGCUGGGGAGCAGCGGGCCAGGCCUCUCCCAGGCCGGGCCUUGGGGAGUGCGCGACCGCCUGGCGGGGCUCGCUCGGGGAGCUGAGGAGACUGCGGGGGUGCGUGUCGGGCCAGAGCAGGGCCGAGGCCGUGCUGGAGGCCCAGCGGGACGAGGGAAUGGGCGGUCCUUGGCCGCUUGCCAGGCUCUGGCGGCCAAGGUGGUGCUUUCCGGGGCACAGCGGGUUUCUUGGGGCACUGGGUUUAGACUGCGGAGCGCUUGGGAAGGGGAGAAGGAGAGGCUGGAGCCUCAUCACCUGGACAGCGUCUUUUCUCAGAGAGCAGAUCUAUUUAUAGUUUGGAAAUAAAGGAUUUACGGUC